AUGGCCUCUCGAAGCAGUACCUCCUCUCCAGAUCCUUUGGGAUACCCAGGCGACCCGGAAUACCUCCUCUCGUCCGCCAAAAAGCCGUUCCCUCAACGAAUCAUGUCACCGCAAAAGGGCGUAACCCCACGACGGGGGCGGCCACCGCUACACCGGAAGAGCUACCAGUCUCCAAAGAAGAGCGCGAAGAAAAACAGUCAAACAAUACGAUUAGAAGAUAUUAUACUGCCCUCCACACCAUCGGGAAAUUCGAAAGCCACGCGUUUUGACCGGAGGUCGCUGUCCCCUACCAAGGCUAUCUUGCAGUCAGACGGAAAUAUCAGUCCAUGGCGUAUACGGGUCACAGUUGAAGCUGAACAAGAAGACGAAGAAGACGGGGCUCGUACUACGAAGCAAAAGCGACUCGGGCCCUGGGUCGAUGGUAAAACAGUGAAAGUCCCUUUAAAGGGAACUUCAUCGACCGAACCAACACCGAAGAGGCGCCGGCGACGAAAGAGCAGGACUGAGAUUGCAGAAAGACCUCCUACUCCAGGGCGUAAAAAGGGCGAUACAUCUAUAGAAGCCGCCUCAGUUGCAGUUGAGAAUGGACAAGCUACUGAGGCCCAAGAGAGCGCAGAGAUGGUAGAAGAUGUUAUGCCAAGCGUGGAGGAUAAUGCCUUUCAACAAGAUUUAGACGAGCCGACUCAGGAUUUUGGAGAUGUUUUCUUGGACCUAGCAGCCGAUGGAGAUAUGGAUGACGGUGACGAUGGUGACGGUGACAGUUUUAUGGGAGAUCAUGUUGAAAUGCUGGACCCUAGGCCACCGCAGCUUUCAGCAAAUGAAACUGGAAUCACAUCGUUAGACAAAAGGAAAGAUCUGAUGUCGCUGGAAAAUCCCAAGAUCUCUGCUACUCAGACGGCUCCAUCUUCUGUCAACGUCACAAACGCUGGUCGUACACCUCGGCUCAAACGAAUAUAUCCAACACCAACCUCAUCUUCUUUGAUAGACGAAACGCUAGAAAAACCUACAACCCAUGCUGCCAGAACAGAUCCAACAGAUGAACAUCGUGAGUUUGACUCAAUUAUGGAAAGCGAGGGAUUCAGCAUGGUCUCGCUCAAUACCUUACCCUCAGCCAGACAGCGACUACGCCAAAUAGUUGAAAACCAGGCCAGCCGAACGAGGACACCAAAAUCCCAUGCAACACCCCGGACAAUGCAGCAAAUUUCCCCGAAACCUACCUCGACGGCUGAGUUAUCGCCUAACAUUCCCGCUACCCAGUCAUCUUCUAAACGUCCGCAUAGCCAAUUAUACGAAGCUAUCUCCUCCCUCCAACAAUCAUCACCAAGAGAUAUGACCUCUAGACUUCAUCGCACCCCACGGCUCAACCAUCCCCGUUCAAUAGCUCAACCUCCCCCUGCCCCUGCUCCUGCACCUGAAAUUAUACCCCCUAAAAGGCGUCCCUUGGCUCGAUUAUGUCGCGUAAUACGGGCUGGAAUUGCUCUCCAUGGCCUUCUAGAUCGCAGGCGACAAAGUGGUAACCUCCAAACUCCAUUCUCAAGCCCGAACACAGACACUGCCGACGAUAUGGCGGCCACACGGCGGAGGCUAGACAAUCUAUUCCAAGAUUUCAACAUGGAGACUAGGAGAGAGCUACGUGCAGGGUUACGGUUUGGAGAGCAGCUUGCGAAAAGACUCCGUCAACCGAACAGAAAGCAGCGAGAGCUACCCGUAACACGGGAGAGCACUAGGCUGCAGGAGAUAAUAUCUAUGCGGCCAAGCCAAAACGUGGUUUACCCGGAGUUAGGUGGCGCAUCUCAAGGAUUCGAGCCAGCGCCAACGUCUGCCCCUGAAAAUCAGGAAAAAGAGAUUACAGAAGGCCCACGCCAGGAGACUUACCUAGCAGAAGAAAACCCAGAGGAUAGUUCAAUGGACUCAUUGAUGGCCAGGCGUGAAGCUGAAUGGCGCCGCGAAAGGGAAGCUAUUAGCCGACAGAUCGAAAUGGCCAAUGAGAGCCAAGUCAUUGUUAUUGAUAGUGAUGAAGGAGAGAGGCAGCGUGUGGCUGACACGGGGGCGGUGAACAGUCGCACGCAGAGCAAUCCUGAGCAGCGAGAUGAACAAGUCCUGGCUGACAGUCAAGGUAUAGGGGAAGAGGAAGCGGAGGCUGAUUACGGGGAUGAGACUGACAUUUGGCAGCAAGCGGCUCGUGAGCCCAAAGCCCAAGCCAAUUCCCCAUCGUUAUCUGAUACUGCGCGCAAAGAACUACCUCAACCGCGCAGGCUUGGCUUCCCAAGUCCUCGGGCUGGGACGGAAGAAGAGGUUUAUAGCGCAACGGACGAUUAUGAAAGUGUCCCUCUUCCAGACCUCUCCGGCGGCGGAGACGCUUUUCCCAAAUUGGCUGUUGGUAAGUCGAAGAUGGAUCAGUACAGGGAUACGGAUGCAUCCCUGUCGCCAUUACUCGGGACUCCAGACAGCGCCACGAUUCGAUUCUAUGAGGGGAAUUUCAAGCGGUCAAGUAUGGGAAAUCCACAGCAUCACCAUCCGCGGGAAACUUUAGAGACUGUACCUCGACAUAAUAGCCGUGGACCUGAAGAGGCAGCAGGAUCACGAAACAAGCACACCAAAACGGACCAAGAGAAAUUCAAUCCAGAAGAGGAUAGAGAAAAUAUUAGCCAACCCUUAUAUACCCAGUCUGAAGGACAAGCCAGCAACGCUCCAGUGCUGCCGCGCGACCGGGACGAUGUAUUACAGGGCGCGAAUGUCGUUCAGGAAGAAGCUCUUUCUGAAAGCGAUGUCUACGUGGAAGUGCGCGAAGAAGAGGGGUCGGAAAAUGAAAUUGCUGAAAGUGACAUCACUAGCCCUUCAAUCCCAGACCCCCCGGAGCAGACAUCCACGGUGACAUGGUUUAACAAAUUGACCAGCAACCUUGCACCAGCAUGGCUAACCAGCACCCCUGCUCCCACAAAAUCUUCGAAACACAGGCCUACCGGAAAACCCCAGCAAGACGUUGGCUCGAUUUCUAAUUCUGAGAUUGCUGCCCCUGCUACACAGCCUCCGGCCAGGAGCCAGAGUCAGGGUCGUGCGAAAGGCAAAAAUCCAGAAAGACACACAUUUGUCAAACCACUCGCGAUUUCAGGGUACUUUACUGACGAUCACUAUGUGGAACUUCGCGAAAUCUAUCGAGAAGCGAAGAUGCGACCAGAGAAGUUCAAGUACUAUCCCACAAAUGACCGGGAUGAGAUGGUUGGCCAGUGGAUGUGGUCUGCAGACGGCCAGCACCGUCGUCAGGUCACAGAGAUCCAGCUGAUGAUUGUUGAACGAUUUCGCCAGAAUUUAAUUGCAGAUGAUCUCCGACAUGGAGGCGAUGGAAAGAUGGAAUGGAGUGAAGAAGAUAUCCUAUGGAGGUUAUUCAGUAUCAUCGUUGGAGAGCAGAUACGGAGGCAGAGAAAGGAGCAACAACCGCACCUCCAGCUGCACCAUUGA